AUGUUUGGCACCUCUCCUGGAAAAGACGACGAAGUGGUUAUUAACGACGGCCCCGCCGUCAACGAUCCACGAGGGUCUGCGCCAGCCGCUCCGAUGAGCAACGCAAUCCCCUCCGGCAACGGACUGGACCGCAAAGCCAGCGAUGCCUCGAACCCCAACGUGGAGAAGAAGCGACGGAGUAGUGGCGUGUCGCGUGCAAGGGAUAUGUUCUCGAGCGCAAAACAGUCGCUGCACUUUAGUUCUAAUCCCAACGCUGCCUCUCCGCCUGCAGCUGCGCCUGAGAAAGCAGAGACGCCCAUCCAGAAGCUUGGAAGGUCAGACGCGGCUCUCAGCGUUCCCCAGGGCUCUCUCAACAACUCUGCUGGCGAGUCUGCGCCUGGACCGCGCUCGACGUUCCGAGUCGGAGUCACAGAGGAUAAGAACAAGAAAUGCAGACGAACAAUGGAGGACACGCACGCAUAUCUUUACAACUUCCUAAGCACACCCGCGCCUUCCUUUGGUGGCGAGAAGAGAGUCUCGACGUCGGACGCUGGUUCGGCACUGUCUGAGAUGACGAGCCAGCAGGUCGCCGAAACCGACAAUGGGUACUUUGCGAUUUUCGAUGGCCAUGCCGGAACGUUUGCCGCCGACUGGUGUGGAAAGAAACUUCAUUUGAUUCUGGAAGAAACCAUCAAGAAGAACCCCAACACACCCAUCCCAGAGCUGCUCGACCAGACUUUCACAACGGUCGACAAUCAGCUCGAGAAACUACCGCUCAAGAACAGCGGGUGCACUGCAGUCACAGCCGUUUUGCGGUGGGAAGACCGAGUACCCAAUGCUCAGUCGUCGACUGGCUCAGUUCUCUUUGCUCCUGCCGCAGUAUCCGCUGUCAAGAACGAGGGCGGGGAUGCAAGCCAGGUGGAAACUACUGAAGCACACGCGGUGGCGGACCGGUUACAACAUGAGGCUAGCCGCCAAAGGGUGCUGUACACGGCCAACGUUGGCGAUGCACGCAUAGUCCUUUGCAGAAACGGCAGGGCUCUUCGUCUUUCGUAUGACCACAAAGGCAGUGACGAGAACGAAGGCCGUCGUGUAGCCAGCGCCGGCGGGUUGAUCCUCAACAACCGCGUGAAUGGCGUACUUGCUGUCACGCGAGCACUUGGCGAUGCCUAUAUGAAGGACCUGGUCACGGGCCAUCCUUACACAACCGAGACGGUCAUUCAAGCAGACCAGGACGAGUUCCUGAUCUUGGCUUGCGAUGGUGUAAGUAGAGCGUGUUCAAGUUGAUUACCUACGCUAACCUGCAUAGCUCUGGGACGUCUGUUCCGACCAGGAGGCCGUUGACCUUGUUCGCCAAAUCCAAGAUCCGCAAGAAGCGUCGAAGAAGCUUGUCGACUACGCUCUGGCACGCUUCUCGACCGACAACCUCUCGUGCAUGGUCGUCCGCUUCGACAACAAGGCUGUCAGACAGCGCAAGAACGAGGGUGCCAUGGGCGUGGAGGGCGAUGUGCUGACUGCCAAGGGCAAUGUGACAGAAGCCGAAGCCAUCGUAGCGCAAGCACGCAAGUCGAUUGGUGAGCCACAGCAGUCUGUUGAGACGGCCACGGCCGAGAUGAUUCAGAAAGAAAAAGAGAAGGAAGCAGGGCCUGAGCUGAACUUGGCCGCGGCGCAGGCAGCCCAGAAGCAUCCAGCUUAG